CUGCUACGUACUGCACUUUGUACUGGCGUGUAGUUUGGUUUGCGGAUGCUGAGCUGCAGAGGAGGCUCGUCGGUACUCUCACAGUAAACACACAGCACAGGCAGUUCAUCUUAUUUUAGGUUCUUUCGCUCGCUGUGUCAGCAGACUGUAUCAAACAUCUAGCCGAGAAAAGAUGGCCUUGUGCACCGAGCCUGCUAGUGUUAGCUCCACGGACAACGGGGAGCUGAAGAAGGAGAGGAAGGUGGCCGUUAUCACUGGCAUAACCGGACAGGAUGGUUCCUACCUGGCUGAGUUCCUGCUCGCUAAAGGCUAUGAGGUUCAUGGUAUUUUGCGUCGCUCCAGUUCCUUCAACACGGGUCGCAUUGAGCAUCUUUACAAGAACCCACAGACGCACACUGAAGGCAAAAUGAAGCUUCAUUAUGGCGAUCUGACCGACAGCACGUGCCUGGUGAAGAUCAUUAACCAGGUGAAGCCGACAGAGAUCUACAACCUGGGCGCUCAGAGUCAUGUCAAGAUCUCCUUCGAUUUGGCAGAGUACACCGCUAACGUGGACGGCGUAGGUACGCUUCGUCUCUUGGACGCCAUAAAGACGUGCGGUCUGACCAACAGCGUAAAAUUCUACCAGGCCUCCACCAGUGAGCUGUACGGCAAAGUUCAGGAGAUCCCUCAGAAGGAAACCACUCCCUUCUACCCUCGCUCACCUUACGGUGCCGCGAAGCUCUAUGCCUACUGGAUCGUGGUGAACUUUCGAGAGGCCUACAACAUGUUCGCUGUCAACGGGAUCCUCUUUAACCAUGAGAGCCCGAGGAGAGGUUCAAACUUUGUGACGCGUAAGAUCAGCCGUUCUGUGGCAAAGAUUCACCUCGGUCAACUGGAGAGCUUCAGCCUGGGCAACCUGGACUCCAAGAGGGACUGGGGCCACGCCAAAGACUAUGUGGAGGCUAUGUGGCUGAUGCUGCAACAGGAGGAGCCAGAGGAUUUGGUCAUAGCGACGGGGGAGGUGCACAGUGUGAGGGAGUUUGUGGAGAAGGCCUUCAAACGUGUGGGGAAGACCAUUGUGUGGGAGGGAAAGGAUGAGCAGGAGGUUGGCCGCUGCCAAGAGACGGGAGUGGUACAUGUGAACGUGGACCCAAAAUACUUCCGUCCCACAGAAGUGGACUUCCUGCAAGGCGACAGUACCAAAGCAUAUCAGAGGUUGGGUUGGAAGCCAAAGGUUACUUUUGAGGAGCUGGUGAAGGAGAUGGUGGAUGCGGACGUCGAGCUAAUGAAGAAAAACCCAAACGCCUGAGUCCAAAUCAGUCAAUCCAGCCGGGACC